UCCCCCUUUUUUCUCUCUCCCUUGGGUCUCAUCCAUUUCCAUUUUCUUAUUAUUCUCUCUCUAUUUUUAGAUCUCCCUCAAAACAACAACCUAACCUAUCCAAUCCUUCAAAAUCACACUCUUUUUCUCUCCAAUCACAUACUCUUGUUCUUUCCCUUAUCAAUGUCUUUCUUUUUUGUAGACAUCUAUAAUCGGUUGAGUACCAAACGUUGUAUUUGAUUGAGAGUUUGAGAUCCAUCUUGUUUAUACCCAUCGUCAUCGUCAUAGCAUCACUACCACAGCACUACCUGGUUGAUUAUAUUUAUUUAAUUAUUGUUGGAAGAGUAAGAGGAGGAUAGUAAUGGUGACGGUGAAUCUGGGGAUGCUUCAUUAUGUGUUGGACCACGUGUAUGGUGCAUUCAUGCACCGUACAAAGAUGAGCACGCCAUUCUUCUCGAGAGGAUGGGGUGGCACGAAGCUGGAGAUGCUGGAGAGGAUGAUAAAGCAGUUGUUCCCUGAAGUUGCCGGCCAGAACUGGCCACCCACCGUGAUUCAGCCACUUUGGAAGACCGUUUGGGAGACAAGAACGGCUUCCUUGAGAGAAGGUGUCUUCAGGACCCCAUGCGAGGACCAGCUUCUCAAUGCUUUGCCCCCUGAAAGCCACAAUGCUCGGGUUGCUUUCCUCAUGCCCAAGAAUGUCCCACCUCAUGCAAUGUCUUGUGUUGUUCAUCUUGCAGGAACUGGGGACCAUACAUUUGAAAGAAGAUUGCGUCUUGGUGGCCCAUUGGUGAAGGAAAAUAUUGCAACCAUGGUACUUGAGAGUCCUUUCUAUGGACAAAGACGUCCAAUGCUGCAGCGUGGGGCAAAACUUUUGUGUGUUAGUGACUUGCUUUUAUUAGGAAGAGCAACCAUUGAAGAGGCACGCAGUCUCUUACACUGGUUGGACUCUGAGGCUGGUUUUGGCAAGAUGGGUGUUUGUGGACUUAGUAUGGGAGGAGUGCAUGCUGCAAUGGUUGGAUCACUUCACCCUACACCUGUUGCCACACUCCCUUUUCUCUCACCACAUUCUGCCGUUGUCGCAUUCUGCGAGGGGAUUUUAAAGCAUGGUACUGCCUGGGAGGCACUGAGAGAAGAUCUUGCAACUGAGAAGGUUGCGAUGACUCUUGAGGAGGUGAGGGAACGAAUGCGAAAUGUGCUGUCUCUCACAGAUGUCACACGCUUUCCAAUUCCUCAAAACCCCAAUGCUGUAAUCUUUGUUGCUGCUACAGAUGACGGAUAUAUCCCAAAACACUCAGUCCUGGAACUUCAGAAAGCUUGGCCAGGUUCUGAGGUGAGAUGGGUCACAGGUGGGCAUGUCUCGUCCUUCCUUCUUCACAAUGGUGAGUUCCGAAGGGCCAUUGUUGACAGUCUUAAUAGAUUGCCAUGGAAAGGGUCAUCAUAGCGAACCAUGUAAGUAAAAACAGAGGAAGGGAAAUUACAUUGUUGAUUUAUUAAAGUGAUUCGUUUCUACCUCUAAUGCUCACCUAAAGUUGUAACAUUCAUAGUUGAUUGUGGAUAUUCCUCCCCCCAUUUGAAGUUGGGAGGGGUUGUUGUAACUUGUAAAUAAUCAUCAGGAAAAUGUACAUUGGUUUAGAAUAAUGGGGAGGCAAGUUAUUAAAAAAAAUAAGAAAAAGGUGACUAUUAAAAUUGUUGAUUGAUAUUUAACUGCUCUGGUUUCUGUU